AUGGCAGGACGUACUGCGACAUGGGAGCGGGACGUGGAACUCGAUGUCGACCCCAUGGUGCGCUACCCCCUGUUGCUGUUCAACCUGGCGCUGUGGUCGGUGGGCGUUCUGCUCAUGUCGGUGGCCACCGUGCUGCUGGUGAACUCGGAGCUGAACGCGGCGGACGCGGCGUCGCUCGCCAAGCUGGACCUGUCGCCGCUGGUCGUGUCGCGCGUCGAGAUGGCCCUGUUCGUCGUCGGCCUGGCGCUCUUCAUUGUCACCAUCUUCGGCUGCGUCGGGGCGCUGCGCGAGAACACCGCCCUGCUCAGGAUGUACUCGUUCGUGCUGGUCGUGUUCGUGGUCGCCAGCGUGUUCGGCGGCAUCGUCGUCUUCUUCGUGCCCGGAGACGUGCGCAGGAUGAUCUCGAAGACGAUGUCGCUGUCCCUGGUGAUCGCGUACCGCGACAGCGCCGACUCCGAGCAGAUCGUGGACGCGCUGCAGAGGCAGCUUCACUGCUGCGGAAUGACCGACCUCAAGUUCAGGGACUGGAAUACUAACAUGUACUUCAACUGCAGCGCGGGCAACCCGAGUCACGAGCGCUGCUCGGUGCCGCACUCGUGCUGCAGGCGCAACGCGAGCGGCAUGCAGAGCCGCCACUGCGGCCGGGGCGUGCUGAACGAGACGGACCACGAGGCCUGGCACCGGGUCUACUUCGAGAGCUGCCCCGAGGCCGCCAAGCGGUACAUUAGGGAGAGCGUGGCGCUGAUCGGCGGCUGCUGCCUCAUCGCCGCAAUCGUGUUCUCCUUCGUCGACAUGAUGACCGAAUCGGUGAUUGCCGAGAUCGAGGCCAUCCGGAGAAUCUACGGCCGCGUGCGCGGCGCCACGUUGCAGCAAGCCUAA